GACUAACUUGUUUGAUUUGGAAAACUUCAAUAAAUUCAGCAACAUGUCCAGAAACAAAUUAUUUUAAAUCUAAACAAAAAUAUAUCUUUCGAAUACAAAAUUUUAAUCUACCAGAUACCUACAUCUUAUCAACAAACAUGUCGUGUUUUCCGUGCUCUUCAAACUGUUAUCCAUGUGCACCAGUAUGUCCUACACCUUGUGUACGACUCUGCUAUACGUGUCCAGUAAAGGUCUGUCCACCUCCACCUUGUCCCGCACCAGUAGCAUGUUGUCCACCUAUGAUACCCAGCUUUUCCUGCGGUCCUUGCAGUCCUUGUGGUCCUUGUGUACCUUGUGUACCAAAAUGCUAUCCUUGUGCACCAGCACGAAUUAUAUGCAUGCCUAGCUGUCCACCUUGCACAGUCAAAGUAUACAGAUGUUAAUACAAUUCUAUCCAAAACAAAGUUUGGCCAAACAUACUUUCAUAUAAAUGAUUUUUUAAAUUUCCAAAAUGCAGCAGUUAUUUAAAAAUAAAAUACUCUAUAUUGUCAAUUGUAGCAAAUAUUAACAAUAGAUAGUAAUGGAUAACAAUACAAAUUUAUUAUUUUAUAUUUUAUUUGUUGAAAUAAAGAUUUAAGAACAUGAA